UACUCUACAAAUCCUUAAGUUUUCGAAACUUUUAAUUAACUGCUCAUCUGCUUAAUCAUUUCAUAUCGUCUGCGCAGAAUCCACAAACUCUCUCUCGACCAAAAAUCGCUGAUCGUUGGAAAUCGUCAUAAACACGACGUCAAUACCUAGGAAUCACCACAGAAAAAUCUCAAUUUCGAACUCUUUUGUUGGCCGUCGCGACAAAAUAGUGUCAGUAGUGAUUUCUCUGGCAGGCGGCGAAAAACGAACCGCGUCGAAAUAGGAAAAGUUGGCGCGGCAGUGUCGUACUUUCUGCAUAGGAGUGACGCUGGACCUUUUGUCAUAAAUUUAUACCCGGCGGCAUUUUAAUUCGUCAUUUGUCUAUUUUAUAAAAUUAUGGAAAAUUUGAAAAGUGAAUUUAGUGUUAUUCUUCUAUAGUUAUAAAUAAUUUAUGAUAAAUUUUAUUUGUGUAAAAAUUCGUUGCAAAAAUAAAUUAAAUGCGAAUGUACGAGUAUGAUAAAGCAGAACAGAUUUUAAAAACAUAGUAAAAAAAUAAGUGCCCAAUGGAAAUCAAGUAAAUACGCAAACUUUUUUGAAGCUGUGAAAAACUGUUAUUGAUGAUAUUCUUACAUCCAUACAGAUCAGAAUAUUGUUUACACAAGUUUUGAAUUGUGAUAUUGUUAGUAGCGUCCAUACAUAUGUACAUAUUUCAACAGUGACGUCACAUUGACUCUUAAGAUAUACAAAUCCGGCCAAAUAUACAAAACCAUUGUUUAUACACAUUUAAAUGUACACACUUGUAUAUAUACAUACAUACAUAUGUACUAGUUGAACUGUUUUCGUAGAGUAUUGCCUAGGUGAAGAUUAUCGCAAAAACAAACGAGGCGAUGACGUUCUCCGAGCUCUUCCACUUACAAUGAUUACAGUUUUUAUUCGAGGGCUGCCGUGUGUAGGAAAAACUAAAAGAAUUCUUGCCGAUUGCUUCUACCAAGGAAACUCGAUAUUUAGUAUUGUUCCUACGGUGGCAUGGAUAUACAACCCCACACCUUUCGAGCUGAACUAUUUUCACACUUUGAAUAUUUUACGGUACACCAGCUAAAAUUUACCUAAUAUAUGUAUCGCCAUAAAUUCUUCAACAAAUACAAGGUCUCAAUUAGUGUACUCGUGCUUCUCUCAUUGUUUUCCGUUUGGAAUUUAAGAGACUGGAUCAUAAAUAUUGCGGAAAAUUGGCGUUAACGAACGAAAAUCAAAGUCCUUUCAUUUCUAGAAUUGCCGUUCUUAUCGCCAUCAACCUUACAGAACACACACAACUAAUGAUACGUAUCUGCUGUUCUGUCGUAAAGCAUGUCCAGUGUUACAGAGCACAGAGGUUCUCUUUUGCAAAUUGGGGCAGAUCGUAGCUCCACUUUAAUUGCCGAUCGCCCGUUGAAACUCAUCUUUACAAAGCAUCGUCGAAGAAGACACACAAGUGCAUACACUCACUCCAGCAUACAAGAGGACGGUCGGAGUGCUGUUUGAGGUGACUUAGAGUAAGCGUUGUACGGAAAAUGUCAUCACGGCGCAGCUCAUUUCGAAAACGACAAAAACCCCCUUUCGAACGAUUCAAAGAUAGAUGUCGACAAUUCACAGCUUUUAUGUUUAGUAAUGUUGGCAUCAUACUCCUUGUAAUAAUCUAUACCAUUGGAGGUGCCUUCAUUUUCCAAGCAAUUGAAUUAUUCGAAUACGAAAGAUUCAACAAGCACAAAAGUAUAAAACCCAACAUAACGGCGAAAUGCCUGCAGAAGAUCUGGGAUAUAACUGUACAAAAUAUAAGUUUCUUUGAUAACUUUUAUUAUAAGGAAAGAGUAAACGAAAUUUUACUGGAAUUUCAACGGGAAGUUGCGCAUGAAAACUUAAUUGAUCCAGAUAUUGACAAACAAUGGAGUUUUUCGGGUGCCUUCCUCUAUUCACUAACGGUUAUAACUACUAUAGGCUAUGGAAAUAUUUCACCAAAAUCGGAUUGGGGCAAAUUAGUGACCAUUUUAUAUGCAAUUAUUGGUAUGCCACUUUUCCUUUUAUAUUUAUCGAAUAUAGGCGAUGUUCUAGCCAAAUCCUUUAAAUGGAUUUACUCCAAAGUAUGCCUGUGCCGCAUUUGUCCGGGUGUUGCAAGACGGAGAAUCAUACGGGAACGAAAGAAACUGCGUCAAUUGGCUAUGUCUAAAGCGCUGCAAGAUAUGGAAAGUCAUCGGAAUACGAGCAGUAGUAGUGACAGUCGGAGCAGUAACAGCUCCUCGAGCAGUUACUACAGUGAAGAAACUGAAACUUCGACCCAGAGUAUGAGUGCACUGGAGAACUUCGAGGAAGAGAAUGAUUCUGACAUUGAGAGAGAAAUACGAAUGAAUACUGACGAAAUAACUGUACCGCUAACGGUUUGCGUGAUCAUAAUGAUAAGUUAUAUAUUAGCUGGAGCUAUUUUGUUUAGCCGUUGGGAGGAAUGGGGCUAUUUGGAUGGCAGUUACUUCUGUUUCAUAUCGUUAAGUAGUAUAGGUUUUGGCGAUUUGGUGCCCGGCGAGCGAGUGAUUACUGCCGAUAAAGACAAAGUGGAGGUUAGUUUUAUACUUUGUGCUGUUUAUCUGUUACUUGGUAUGGCGCUCAUUGCUAUGUGUUUCAAUUUAAUGCAGGAACAAGUCAUUCAUAAUGUGCGCGCCAUAAAGAGGGCUUUUAAGUCCUGCUUUGGUUGCAGAAGAUGACACUACGUAAGACACAGUUAUUAAGUGUACAGUAGAAUAAAUCGUGAUACUAAGUUGCAAAUAUAUCUUCGAAGAAUAUAUGUAGAUAUAUAUUAUUAUACAAUAAAUAUGUAUGUAUAACUGGUUUAAGGAUAGUAUAACUGGUUUAGAUAAUAUAGUUAAUUUAAAUAGCAAUCCAAAUGUGUUCGCAAACAAAAAGCAAGAAAUAAAUAAAAAAAAUAGGUGUUUUACGGAUAUUAAUAGA